AUGCAGUCCAUCGCCACCCGGGUCUUCCGCGGUACUCGCGCUAUCCUCAAGUACAAGAAGGAGCGUGAUAUCCUUCUGGACAACAUCCGCCGCUACAUUGUCACUUUGCGCUCGGUCCCCGAGGGCAACUACCUCAUCGAGAUCGCCCUCAACAUCCAGUCCCUGAAGGUUCAGGCAGACAAGGUGAAAUGGGCUUCCCAGGCCCUUGUUACCAACGCCACAGCCAUGAAAUUUGUCACUUCCAGGGGCGCCCGCUACUACCUCUACAUCAUCCCCCAGGCCUGCGAUGAGGUCGGCCGUUGCACCCGCCACCUCUCCGACGUACUCCUGGGCCACAUCCACCAGCCUGUUGUGAACUGCGAGCAUGAUAUCGCGAUUGAGCUGGCGGAUGCACUUGCUGACCUGGAAUCUCAUCUAGAUUAG